AUGUGUUAUUAUGGCAGCUACUAUGGAGGCCUGGGCUAUGGCUAUGGUGGUCUAGGCUGUGGUUAUGGCUGUGGCUAUGGCUGUGGCUAUGGUGGCUAUGGCUAUGGCUGCUGCCGCCCACUGUGCUGUAGAAAAUACUGGUCUUAUGGCUUCUACUGA